GAUAAACAGAGAACGUAUCCAUAAAAGUGACAUACAAGAGGGAUGGGGGAGAAGUGAGUGUGUGUGUCUAUGUUUGUGUGCCUGAGAAAGUGAGAAAGAUAUAGAUGAAAGAAAUCGAACAGAGUGACAAAGUGACAAGGAGACAAAAAGAAAGAAAAGACAUACUGUACGUUGACUGCAAUACAAGCAAACAGGAUGAAUUGACUUAGAGCUCUACGGUUGACAUGGAGACAUCUAAAGAGAUGCAAGAGCUUCAAGCAAGGGGAAAGCUGGAGCAAGACCUCCCAUCUCAGUGUACCUGGAAUCUGGAAAUGCCACCAUUUAAAUCUCCACACUCCAAAGAUGUGGUCAAGAAUUCACCCAAGAUUUUCCCAAAUGUCCUUGGUCAAAUUGGUAACACUCCCCUCAUUCGAAUCAAUAAUAUUGCAAAAGAGUAUGGAAUCAAAUGUGAACUAUUGGCUAAGUGUGAGUUCUUCAGUGCUGCUGGGAGUAUUAAGGACCGUAUUGCUUUACGGAUGAUCGAGGAUGCCGAGAAGCAGGGGGUUCUGAAACCAGGUGAUGUCAUCAUCGAACCGACAUCGGGUAACACAGGACUUGGUCUGGGGUUAGUGGCUGCGGUGAAAGGAUAUCGCUGCAUUAUUGUCAUGCCAGAAAAGAUGAGCUUAGAAAAGGUCGAUGUGUUAAGAUCCUUGGGGGUUGAAAUAGUGAGGACACCAGAUGCUGCAAACUGCAAUAGCCCUGACUCGCAUAUUCAAAUGGCCUGGAGACUGAAGAAAGAAAUUCCAAAUUCGCAUGUCUUUGAUCAGUAUCAAAAUCCAGGCAACCCAUUAGCACAUUAUGACACAACAGCAGAGGAAAUUCUGGACCAAUGUGAUGGUCAAGUUGAUGCUUUGGUAGCAGGUUCUGGAACUGGCGGUACCAUCACUGGCAUUGCAUGGAAGUUCAAGGAGAAAUGUCCCACCUGCCAGAUCAUUGCUGUUGACCCUGAAGGCUCAAGUAUGGCUGAACCAAAAGAACUAAACCAAACGAGUGUGACUUCGUAUGAAGUGGAAGGGAUUGGUCAUAAUUUUAUACCUGCAGUAUUGGACAGAAAAGUAAUUGACAAAUGGAUAAAGAUUAAUGAUGAGGAAUCUUUUGCAAUGGCACGGAAAUUAAUCAGAAAGGAAGGAUUGCUUUGUGGGGGGAGUUCCGGUAGUGCGAUGUGUGCAGCUGUUGCAGUGGCAAAAGACCUGAAGAAAGGGCAACGCUGUGUUGUGAUACUCCCAGACACCAUCCGGAAUUACAUGUCAAAAUUUCUCAGCGACAGUUGGAUGGAACAGAAAGGGUUUCUGCAUGUGGUCAAUGACCAAAAAAGUUGGUGGGAUACACCAAUAAAUCAGUUGAAGCUUCCCAUAGUUCAGAUAGUACCUUCCACCAUCUCCUGCGAGGACGUUACCCAGAUUCUUAAAGUAAAGAGUUUGGCCAAUGCAGUGGUUAUUGACCCCAGUGGCAUGAUACAAGGUGUAGUCACACUAGGAAACAUUGAAUCAUUAGUUAAUGAUGGGAAACUGCAGCUCUCUGACCCUGUGACUAAAGUUAUUUACAAACAGUUCAAUAAGGUGAAUUUAAAUGACACCCUUGGAAAAAUCUCUCAAGUUUUGGCACUGAAUCACUUUGUGUUAAUUGUCGAUGAACAAAUUCAGAAUAACACCAAUGGUAAAUGUGAGAAGAGUGAAGUGGUGCACAGUGUUCUCACAUUUAUGGAUCUGAUAACCCUUAUCACGGCCUAAGCAACAGAAGAAAACCAAGCCACAGAUUUAAAGAAACUGACAAACCACUGCAAUUAAUUCAGUUAUUUGGAGUUGAGUGAAGCUUGUAUGGGUUUUUUUUCAUGCUAUAAUUGUAACUAUUUCAUCCUCAGAACUUGCAAUAAAUCACACUCAUCAUU